AUGUUGGAACUAGUGCUGCUACUUCUACCCUCAAUUUCAUGCAAAGCAGAGACAACCAAGUGUGGAAUGAAGGAUCCUCUCCCUGUUCCAUUUGAAUGGUUCCAGCUGGGAGAUGUCCUCAUUGGUGAAAUCGUUUCUCAUUUAUUUAACCAGGUGCCUGAAAUAAAAUUCAAACAUCAUCCAGCUCAGGAGUUACACAGCUAUCAAUAUGUAAUGACAAAAUAUCACCAGCACAUCCUGGCUUUGGUGUUUGCUGUAAAAGAGAUCAACCAAAAUCCCUCAUUCUUGCCCAAUAUCACUCUUGGGUUCCACAUCUAUGAUAACUUCUGUGAUAUGAAGAUGACCUAUCGUACUACCCUUGGUUUGAUCUAUAAAUUGCAUCAAUAUUUUCCUAACUAUGAAUGUGAUGCCCACAAAAACCUAGUAGCUGUCGUUGGGGGAUUUAGGUUUAAAACCUCUUCCUACAUGUCAGACAUCCUAAGUCUCUACAAGAUUCCACAGCUAACUUAUGGUUCAUUUGCACCAGAAGAGAAGGAUGAAAACCAGUCUCCUUCCUUUUACCACAUGGUCCCCAGUGAAUCCCAUCAGAAUAUGGGGAUCAUCCACUUACUUCUUCAUUUCCAAUGGACAUGGGUUGGGCUUCUUGCUGAGGAUGAUGACAGUGGAGAACAUUUCUUGAAGGCCCUGGAACCACUUCUUUCCCAAAAUGGUAUCUGUUCAGCUUUGAUAAGCAAAAUUCCAAACAAACCCUUCUGGAAUGGCUUGGAUGCUAUCAUUGAUGUAGCUUUAAAUAUAUAUCUACCUUUCAGAGACUGCAAAGCCAACACAUUUAUCCUCUAUGGAGACUCAGCGGUCCUUAUAGCACUCAGCAUUUUUCCAAUUCUAGGCAAUCCCAGUUAUAAGGAGGAUGCAUCAUUGAGAAAAGUGUGGAUUAUGACACCACAAAUAGAUUUUUCACUGCCAAGUCUUGAGAGGGAAAUGGAGUUUGAGUUCUUCCAUGGGACACUUUCCUUCACAAUUCACUCAAAUCAGCCGCACGGAUUCCAGAAAUUUCUUCAAGAUGUAAAGCCCUUUGAUAACCAAGGGAAUGGUUUUCUCAAGGAGUUCUGGGAGCAAGCAUUUGACUGUUUCUAUCCAAAUCCCCAGGAGCCAGUGGGGCUCAAUGAAACAUGUACCGGCGAAGAGAGGCUGGAGAAUCUUUAUAGUCCCCUUUUUGAAAUGAGCAUGACUGGUCACAGCUACAGCAUAUACAAUGCAGUCUAUGCCAUAGCACAUGCUCUUCGUAUGCUGUACUCAUCCAGAAUCAAUCACAUGGAAAUGGAUAGAGGAAAGAUAAUGGAACUUCAAGAUCUCCAGCCUUGGCAGACAAUGCCACUUUCUGUGUGCAAUGAUUACUGCAAACCUGGAAAUUAUAAGAGAAAGAGGGAGGGGGAGAAAUUUUGCUGCUACGAUUGUGUUCCCUGCCCAGAAGGGAAGAUUUCAAGCCAAACAGAUGUGGACGAUUGCAUCAAAUGCCGCAGUGAUCAAUAUUCAAGCAAAGACAAAGACGGAUGCAUCGCCAAGACAUUAAGCUUCUUGUCUUUUGAAGAACCUUUAGGAAUUAGUUUGGCUUCCAUAGCUGUUUGUUUUUCCCUCCUCACAGCCACAGUGCUAGGAAUCUUCAUUAAGCACAAAGACACCCCCAUCGUCAAAGCCAACAACCGAGAGAUCACCUACGUACUUCUCAUCGCUCUCCUGCUCUGCUCACUUUCUUCUCUUCUAUUCCUUGGCCGACCAAGGAAGGUGACCUGCUUCCUCCGACAGUCUGCUUUCAGCAUCAUCUUCACAGUGGCUGUUUCCUGUGUUUUGGCCAAAACCAUUACUGUGGUUGUAGCUUUCAUGGCCACCAAACCAGGGUCCAGCAUGAGGAAGUGGGUGGGGAAGUGGCUGGCUAACUCCAUCAUCCUUUCCUGUUCCCUUGUUCAAGCCAGCAUUUGUAUGGUUUGGCUGGCAACCUCACCACCUUUUCCUGAUUUUGACACAGAGUCUCUGACACAAAGUAUCAUACUAGAAUGUAACGAGGGGUCUGUCACUAUGUUUUAUAUUGUCUUGGGCUACAUGGGCCUUCUUUCCCUCAUCAGCUUGAUUGUGGCUUUCCUAGCCAGGAAGUUGCCGGAUAGUUUUAACGAAGCCAAGUUCAUCACUUUCAGCAUGCUGAUCUUUUGUAGUGUUUGGAUUUCUUUUGUUCCAGCCUAUCUGAGCAGCAAAGGAAAAUCCAUGGUCGCCGUGGAGAUCUUCUGCAUCUUGUUGUCCAGUGCUGGGUCACUAGGUUGUAUCUUUUCACCCAAAUGCUUCAUUAUUGUGUUGAGACCUGAGCUGAACACGAGAGAGGAAAUAAUGAGAAAAAAUUAUUAA